UUUUAAUAGAAGCAUCAAUUUUUGAUUUAGCGCGAAAUGGAUAUUCCCAUGUAUUUACAGAGCUUUGAAAGCAGUGUGAGCUCCUAUACGGGAGACGACCCACUGGAUCAAUGGGACAAGUUUGUGAAGUACCUGGAGCAAAGAUUACCUGCAGACAGUGGCAGCGCGAUGUCUUUGGUGUUUGACAGUCUCGUACAAAAAUUUCUGAAUGACGAGAAAUACGCAAAUGACAUCAGAUAUGUGAACUACUGCAUCAAAUGUGCGAGUUAUUAUUCUGACCCUGUUGCGCUGUAUAGUCACAUCUACAGUAAGGGCAUCGGCACCAGGACUGCUGCCCUCUAUGUGGCCUGGGCACAACAGUUUGAGCAGAAGGGAAUGAAUGAACAGGCUGACGCCCUUUACCAGAAAGCAAUGGAGAACCAAGCUCAGCCAGUGGACACUGUUCUCAGUGAACACAGGCAGUUUCGAACAAGAACUGGAAGCCCGACGCCAGUUUCAGCAGGAGGUCGAACCCCUCUGCAAAACUCCCAAUUAACCAAUCAGAUGUCAUCCCACAGAGAGCCUGUAGCUCUAAACAAUGCCUCUGUGGACUGUCUACCCAAACCACCUACAUACAAGACCACCAUAAUAGUCUCUCGCUCUGAGACCUCAGGGGCGAUCCCCUCCAGUCGCCCCGGUCUUCAGACCGUGUCGGAGUACAUGACGGAUGAACUUGUUUGUGAAGGAUCUGAAUACUGCUUUGAGGAGGUCCGGGCAGAAAAAUACUUCUGUAAACUCCGAAUAAACUCAAUGGAGCAGGAGGAAGGGGGCAUCCUGAGCAUUAAAUCCAUUUUGGAGAAAUUAAACCAGGAUCUGGAGACCAGUGGAGGUUCAGCCAGCCAGCCGUCAUCACAGAGGCUGCCUGUGAUGGAAACAGCCACCACUCUGAACCCUAAUCCUACCCAGCAGUCCUUUGGACACCCUCAGCCCUCAAACCGUUUGAGCAGCAGGCGCUCCCUUGGCUUGAGAUUACUCACCGAGCCAACCUUCAUCCAAGAAGCCAUCGCCAUCUCUGAACCACCUCAACAGCAGCACAACAGCAGAGCCGCAGACACACACGCUCAGAGCUCAGAGGUGUCCCUCCAUCCCUCCGUCCUGGCUGACAGGAGCAUUCGUUUACCACAAUCUGUGCCGACUUCAGCGUCCGCAGACGGAGAGCCUGUCGCCCAGACCUCGCUAGUUCAGCCCCGGUCAGUUGAGCAGCCCGGCAGCUUCGAGCAGGUGAACCUGUCGCUCCACAGUCCUGCCUGCGUCUCUGCUGUGGACAACGAUGUUCUGUGCCAGGACGAUGGAGCUCAGCCCGGCAGCUCGGAGAACUGUCGACCCGAGGAGCGCAACACCGCUCAGCAGGAAGAGACUCACCCCCAGGAGCUCGAGGAGAAACUCAACAUGUCACAGGGAGGCACAGCCAACCUGUCUCACAUCACUCCUAACAACUCACUGGGCUUUAUUCAGGCCACACCAUCAAGGGUGCUGCCGUCUCCCACUGUCAACACACGGGAAGCACUGGAUGUGAUCAUGGACAUGUUCCAAGCCCCGACUUUCCUGGAGGACCCGUUCAACAACGCAUCAGUGCUCCACGCAGCUGAGAGGGAGGUCGAUCACGGCUACCCAAGAAACGGAGGCGUCUCCUCUUUCACCAAGCCCCCGGCUGCAGCGCCGUUUGCUGUCUUCCAAGAUGAUGAUGCUGACAAAGAAAAUGGCAGUGCUGCUGCUCCCUCUGUGGUUGAGAAGUCUAAACCAGUCAGAGCUCUGGCAGAAAUCCCAGUGACUAACAAACCUAAUGACACUCCUCCGGACCUGAUGCCAGAUGAGAGCACCAUGUGGGGAGCUCGCUACAACUCCCUUAACUCGCUGGCUGCUUGUCCCAACAGCACCUCGGACUUCGCCAUGGCGGCUCAGUGUGUCUCCACCCCGUUCACACGCAAGACAUUUUUCAGCGACAACUUUUACGAGGACCAAGAGAACAACUGUGAUGGUGGAGAUGCUGAUGAUGAUGCUUUUAUCAGACGUCAGCCGAAAAAACUCAGCCCCAUCAUGGAGCAGAGUCCGUCGGAUGAAACGGCCAUCAGUCAGCUCGAGCCUUCCUCUGACAGACAUGGCACCAUCUUGGUUAAAGGGCUGUCCACAGUCCAGCACUGCCUGACCACCUCCUCCAUCACCAUGGUGCAGCCUCCCCCUCCUGCUGUACUCUCCUUCAGAGACCAGACCAUGUGUCCCACCGACUCCUCCAUCAACAGGACCACGGCGCCCAGCUGGGAAGUGUACACGAGCCCUGAGCAGCCUCCCAAACAGGUCUCUGUGCUCUCACAGCAACCUGAGAGUUCAGUCAGACCCAAAAGUGAACCCUUCACAAUCAUGGAAGACGUAGACAAACCCGCCAGUCCAGAGCGGGUCCAGAAACAAGUCUAUGAUGUCCCCAUGAGCCCAGAGUGUGCUCUCAAAACGGACUGGUUGGCCAUCAGAAGCCCAGAGGUCACAGUCGAGCCGGACCUGGACGCCUUCCUGAGUCCCCGUCGGCUCAAUAAAGGGGACACAGUUCCCAACCAGACCAUGGAUGUCCCCAUGAGUCCACAACAGCCCCAGCUCUGUGCCGAUGUGCCCAUGAGCCCGGUGCAGCCGCCACAGGACGGCACGGAGGAUGAGCCCAUGAUGAGUCCAGACAGAGGGCUGAGGUCGAGCGCAGACGUGUCCAUGAAUGCAACGACAGCUGCAGUCCAGCUGGUGUCAGACCCCUGGGACGAUGCACUGAUCUCUGAUCUGCUGUCAUCACUCAGCCCGCCUCUCACCUCUCACCCCCGCUGCAUCACCUGGCCGUGCAAAGUACCCAACAUCACCCCAAAGAUGACCAUCAGCAUGGGAAAAGCAUCCCUGCGAGUCGACUGUGUCCUCGGAGAAGGUGCUUUUGCAACAGUUUACCAGGCGACUGACCCCAUGACCUCUGAGAGGAUGGUGUUGAAGGUUCAGAAGCCGGCCUAUCCCUGGGAGUUUUACAUCAACACACAGCUGGACGCUCGUCUCCGGCCCGACGUCCGUCACCUCUACAGCAGCAUCCGCUCAGCUCACCUCUUCCCCAACGGGAGUGUGAUGCUUGGUGAGCUUCACAACUACGGCACUCUGCUGAAUGCAGUAAACAUCUAUAAAACCUUGAGCGACAAGGUGAUGCCUCAGCCUCUCGUCAUGUACUUCACUGUCUGCAUCCUGCACAUGGUGGAGCAGCUGCACAGCAUCAACGUCAUCCAUGCCGACAUCAAACCUGACAACUUCCUGCUAGGAGAGAGGUUCUUGGAGAACAAGUGUUUUGAGCCGGACAACGUGGACCACGGCCUCGUCCUCAUCGACCUCGGACAGGGCAUCGACAUGGAGCUUUUCCCAGAAGGCACUGCUUUCACUGCCAGGUGUUUGACGUCGGGUUUCCAGUGUACUGAGAUGCUCAGCGGCAAACCCUGGAACUACCAGACGGAUUACUUUGGAAUAGCAGGGACCGUCUACUGCAUGCUGUUUGGGACAUACAUGCAAGUCACAACUGACGGCGGCGUGUGGAAGACAAAUGGUGUCUUCAGAAGGAACCCCCACAGCGACUUGUGGCAGGAGUUCUUCCACACUCUGCUGAACGUGCCGGACUGCAGCUCCCUGCCGAGCCUCCAGAGCCUCCGCCGCAAACUGACGGCAGCCCUGCAGCAGAACUACAGCAGCAAACUGCCCACGCUCAAGAGCCGCCUGGUGGUGCUGCUGCUGGAGAGCCACAAGGCAGCAAGGAGAUGACGACAACAUCCGAGAUCCUGAGACAGAUCGGCUUUCCUUCACUUCACGGUGCAAUCUGAACAUUUUUAAAGAUGUGGUGAAAUGUCACUGGAGGAGGAUUUGAUCAUCUGAUUGGAAUUUGUACAUGUAAAAAAGUAAAUAUAAUUUUGUUGCCUUUUUUUUAAGGUUCUUUUUCUCUGCCUCCAAUUAGUUUAACUUCUGGGAGACUGAUGACUAAUUGAAGAAUAAAAUUUGUGUUGAAAUAGA